AUGGACGGCUUUGAGCCCGCGGGAGGGGAUGCUGUGGAACCAAUAUCAGCUAUCGAAACGGGCUUCAUCUCUUCUGAUGCGCAGGCGUCUUCAACAACGCCAAUCUUUCAACUCGGCAGAGUUCAAUAUGCUUUCCCAGCUCCGCUAGCGCUUCUGACGGUACAAUCGAACGUCAUGACGAUGUGUCUCUACGCCUAUCCAACAGUGCCCACAACUCCACCGAUCAGCCCUCCUCGCUUAGUGCGCAUCAAUCUAGAUGAUCCGGAGCGAACAGAAGAGGCCGAGGUCCCGCUACCACCAGUGCCACGCAGCAAGGGCCCGCCGCAAAUGCUCGACCCGUCUGCGGUCGGCCCGCAUCGCAUGUACGCGGAUCCCAGCGGCAAGCAUCUCAUUCUGAGUAUGCGGAAUGGUGACAACUUCUACUGGACAUCAGGGUGGAAAAGGGCGCGGCUGCUGUCGAAGCUGAAGGGCAUGAUCGUUGAGAGUGUCGCAUGGAAUCGGUUUUCGGCGUACACAACAGGGAGUGUUGCCAACUUCGAUGCGAAUGGGCGAAAGGGGCAGAGUGCAGGUACAAUCAGCACACAAGAGAUUCUGCUAGGCACGCGGAAUGGCGAGAUCUGGGAGACGGUCAUCACGGCUCCAGCAGGCAUCGACAGCGAGGAGGGAGACUUUCUUGACCGGCUCGCGCGACGGACAGCGGGCGCCGCAAAAGGGCUUGCCGACGUCGACAAAGUGUUGCGCCAUGUUUUCACCUUGCCAGAGCGACAGGCGAUCACUGGGCUGCACGCCGAACCCUUUCUCUCGAGCCUCUCUGGUGCAGGCACGCACGAGAAGCGCAAGGCGGUCGUCAUUGCGACCACGAGCACGCGCAUCUAUGAGUUCGUUGGAAGACUUGGUGGACGGUCAGGUGAUGAAAGUACAGGGCAAGCAGAUUCGUUAGGAAUAUACGAGAGGAUCUUUGGGCCGUAUCGGACUGGGCAGGCCAGCGUCAACCUCAAGUCCGAACUGCCAGGCGAAAUGCUCUACUCGGAGCUGCACUUUUGGUCGCCAGGCUACCGGAAACCAUCCAAGACGCUAGCCUGGCUGACAGGUCCAGGCGUGUACCAUGGCCUUCUUAACUUUAGCGACCAGCAGCCUGGAGACAGCGUGAUCGACAGCGCAAACUUGCUACCGUAUCCUGCCGUAGCCUUGGAUGAUACAAACGACAGCGAACCGAUCGCGGAGAUCCCGCUCAGCAUCGCACUCACGCAAUUCCACUUUUUGCUGCUCUACCGCGACCGCAUAAUGGGUAUCAGCUCACUCGACGAUCAGCUCGUGUAUGAGGAAGGCCUGCGGCUCAAACCCGGUGAGCGCGUCAUCGGCACGGCGUUCGAUACCAGCCGACACACGUGCUGGGUGUACACGGACAGUAGCAUCUUUGAACUCAUCAUCAAAGACGAGGAUCGUGACGUCUGGAAGACGCAUUUGCAGCGUGGCGCAUACGAGACGGCGCUGACAUUUGCCAAGGCCGGUGUGCAGCGGCAGGUGGUGCUCGCAUCGCAAGGCGAUCGCUUCUUCAGUGAUGGGAAAUACAUCCAGUCGGCGCAGUGCUAUGCACAGACACUGACGCGCACAUUCGAGGAGAUUGUCCUAAAGUUCAUCGAUGCGAAUGAGCGGGAUGCUCUGAGAUACUACCUCAUCUCGCGACUCGAGCGGACACCUAAGUCAGAGGAGACACAGCGGAUGAUGCUCGCAACAUGGCUUGCGGAGAUUUACCUCAGCCGAAUCAAUCAGCUGGAGGACAUUGCUGCUGCACAGGCAGCAAGCGAAGACGUAGAGAACUACAAGCUGGAGAAGUCCAUGUUGGAGGAUGAGCUGAGGCAAUUCCUCGCCACUUACCGGGGCAACCUCGACCAGCGGACCAUGUUCAGGCUCAUCUCUCAGCAUGGCCGGUCCGACAUUCUGCUGCACUUUGCCGAUGUUGUUGGCGAGCACGAGCUCGUCAUCCGGCACUGGAUCGCAAAAGAGGAGUGGGUGGAGGCGACGAAGGCGCUCAGCCGGCAGAGUGAUCCGAUGCUCUACUACAAGAACGCUGGCAUCCUCAUGCAGAAAGCGCCGAAGGAAACCGUGGACGCAUGGAUCAAGGAGGAUCGGCUGCAGCCUCGGCGUUUGAUGCCUGCGAUCCUGCAGCACAGGCAGGUUGAGGGGCAAGCAAACGAAGGGACGCGCUACCUGCUGCACGUUGUGCACAAGCUCGGUAAUACGGACUCUGCGAUUCACAACCUGCUCAUCUCUCUACUCGCGCGCGAGAGCCCGGAGCAACUGCUGCGCUUCAUCGAGACGAGUAGGGACAACCCGCUGCUGGCUCAGCCAUGCUACGAUCUGGACUUUGCCCUGCGGACAUGCCUCGCGAACGGACGGCGGGAGGCUUGCGUCCGGAUCUACACCAAGAUGGGCCUCUUUGCCGACGCAGUCGACCUUGCGCUCAGCGGCGACGAGCCAGACCUCGAGUCGGCGUGCCGCGCUGCAGAGCUGGCCGAGGGCGAUGAUCUGCAGCGCAAGAAGAUCUGGCUCAAGGUGGCCAAGUAUGUCGUGGAGACCAAGAAGGACAUAAAGGCCGCCAUGGUGUUCAUCGAACGCAGUGAGCUGCUCUCGAUCGAGGACAUCCUGCCGUUCUUCCCAGACUUUGUGGUCAUUGACGAUUUCAAGAACGAGAUCUGUUCCGCGCUCGAGUCGUACGCGACGCGAAUCGAGAACAUGAAGGCGGAGAUGGACGAGGCGAGCCAGAGCGCGCAGGCUAUCCGAGAGGACAUCGACAAACUCGGCUCGCGCUUCGUCACGGUCGAGCCGACCGAGAAGUGCAGCAUCUGCGAUGAGUGGCUGCUCGAGCGGCAGUUUUAUGUCUUUCCCUGUCGACACACGUUCCAUGCGGACUGUUUGAUCGCGGAGACUACCGCGCAUCUACCACGCCGAACUCUACGCCGCAUCCUCUAUCUACAGGAGCAACUCUCGUUCAUGACCGAUGGCCUCAUCCCAGCGCUGCCGCCGUCGUAUGCGUCGGUCGUGCGCGAAUCGCAUGCGGCUGCAUCGGGCGGUGGCGGUCCGAUCAACGACUCUACUGUGGCAUCACGCAAGUCGGCCGGUAUGGGCAUAGGCAUGGGCAUGAGCAUGAGCAUGGGCAUGAGCAUGAGCAUGGGUAUGGGCAUGGGCAUGGGUACGGGCUUUGACAAGCUGCGCGAGAUCAUCCUCCCGGACGCGGUCAUUCAUGCCAUCAGCCAAGGCGUCAGCGUCGGUGUUGCCGGUGGGCGGCGGGUGCUUGCGCCACUCGACCCCUUCGCGGAGCCUACCACCACCGGCAUGGGCAGUCUACGCAUUCCUGCAUUCAGGCUGGGCGCAGGCGGCUCUGGCGCUGCUGCUACGGCGGCGGCUAUGGGGGAUAGCCAGCUUGGUAGCGCCAGCGGCAGGAGUACUGCUGGUGGCACUACCGGGCUAACGAUCGAGGACGAGGAGAAAAUCGAGGCGCUUCGGGACGAGCUGGACAGUCUUGUGGCGAACAGCUGUGCGCUUUGCGAGGGCUCAUUGUCGAUGCUGGCGCGCCCGUUUGUCAGUGACAAGGAGAAAGGGAGGGAUGAGUGGGCCCUGUGA